CCAGCUCAGCAACAUCAACAAUGUUGAGAUUUGUAUCCGCCCUUGCGAUCCUCGCCGCGACCGCCAAGGCCGCCCCGGUGGAACCGGCCCACUACUCGUUCGUGGCCGCGCACCCCCAGCACUACGAACAUUCCGUCCAGCACCACUACCAGCCUGCCCCGGAGGUGCACUACCCGAUCCAGGUGAUCGAGAAUGUCCACCACCACGGUCAUGAGCUGCCCCAGAAGUACCUCGUGGAGAGCCAUGAUGUGCACCAUCUGGACCAUCACCACGAGGUGGCCGCCGCUCCGGUUUACGUCGAUCAUUCCGCCGCCGGCGGAUACAGCUCGCUGUACGGUGGUGCCAGCCAUGGCCUUUUGUACAACGGAGCUGGCCACCAUGGUGGGUAUGCCACCAAGUACAACGACUACUACGCGUAUCCCAAGUACAACUUUGAGUACGGAGUCAACGAUCCACAUACCGGAGACCACAAGGCCCAGUGGGAACAUCGCGAUGGCGAUGUCGUUAAGGGAGGAUACAUGCUGAAGGAAGCCGACGGAACGACCCGCGUGGUGGAGUACACCGCCGAUGACCACAACGGAUUCAACGCCGUGGUCAAGAAGAUCGGCCAUGCCCACCACCCGGAAACCCACAACCACCAGCACGUCGUUGCCGCGCCUCAGCCGCACGUGUACGGAGGCUUUGGAAACUACGCCGGAGCGUACGCCACCGGUGACUACUACGGCAAGGGUGCCACCAGCUACGCCAAGGUCUGGAAGCAGGAAUAAGACCUCCGCCCGCAGCUCCCGGACCCCAGUAUUAGUCAGCAGUGGUGCCAAAGACGACCCCCCGCAAAACGGAAAAAAAGAAAC